AUUUAAACGUUUUCUUAAGUAAUGCUGUAUUAGCUUGAUUUUACGAGAAAAAAUAAAUAUAUAUAAUAUAAAUAAAAUCUACAAUAUAUAAUGUAAUAUAUUUUUACUGAGAUGUUAUAAGAUUAGUGAUAAUAUGAAAUGUGUAAACAAUGAUAACAGCCAAUGUAAAUUAAUGAAACACUAAUUGAUUAUAAGGUGUAUAUAAAAUGGAGUAUGGAUUGGGCUAUCGAGAGGUGAUUCCUGAUCACAAUUUUGAAGAUGCAUGGGAAGAAAUAAUUUUGUCUACAGGAGGUAGUCAAAGUACUUUACAAGAUAUUAAAGUACCAGAAAGAGCUGGCGGUUAUAGUUACAAAAAUUCUUAUGAUACCGCUACUCGCAAUAGAUUUAUUUAUUGGAAAAUCACUCAUGAUGUAUUGGAAUUAUCUGAACAUAGUUUAGACAUAAAUCUCGCUAAUAAUCGAGUGAAGUAUAAAUUUACAGAUACUCCAAUAUUAGAUGGCAUUACUAUCCAUGAAACAGAUAAUUUGAUUGUGAUCUUAGUAGCUACAGUUUCCAGUGUACAUAAACUGUCUUUCCCCCAUCCAGUUAGUUUACAAAAACAGGUUUCUUUAGUAUAUACAGAUAUCACAGUAUCAUCUAUAUUCAGUGAAGCAAGCAUAAAGAAUGCUAGCGAUCCUCAUACAUUUUAUGUUGUUCCAACAGCUGGACUUACAAAUGCACCUAUAGCUCAUGCUGCAGCCUCUUGGUUAGUCAUGCCUCAAGAGGAAGCACUUUUUGCUUUUGCAUUUAAUUCUGGAACAAUACUUCUGUUACGGUUAGAUACUAUUACUGGUCUAGUGCAUCAAAGUGAACUGAAAAUUGAAUCUAUAGUUCCCCGCUUUCUCAAUGGAAUAGCAACUGCACUACGAGGAAAAACUUUUGAAAAUGAAGUUUUUAUGUCAAUAGUGAUGCAUGCAUUUGGCAAUGAGGUCUAUUUAUUUACCUUUUGUAAAGAAGGUCAUUUGCGUAUGUGGUCCUGCGAUAAAGCUCAAUGUGUUGCUGUUAUUAAUGUUUUUACUAACAACCAGUCGUCUAAUGAAAUAAUCCAACAUCAUAAUCUACGAAAAAUUACAAACAGUAAUGAUGCAUUAUAUUUAUGCACAUAUAUAAAACUUGCCGCAAGAUGCGAGUUUUCUAUUUUCAAGUUGAUCCAAGAUUCAGCGUACGCAUUUAUUCGAGUUUGUACGUUACUUACACCUAAGCAACACUUGGUAGAUUUUUGUUUUACAUCUUCUCGUCUGUGGGCCUUAUGGCGAAUGACAGAUACGGAUAAUGUGGCUAUAACUCAUGUAUCUUUACCUUUAAAUAACACCAAUUUAACGUGCCAAUGGGAGGCAGUAAUAUUGGCAGAAGCUCCUGACAAAGAUUAUAUUAUAAGCGAUCCUGGGACUGAUCCAAGACAAGCUUAUCUUGAUUUUAUAUUUCAUCCUGGACAAUUCGCCUUAGUAGAUAUCAUUAAAGCAUUGAAUAUAUAUCGGAGGUCUAAUUUAACACUCGACGUACGUUUAUCUCCAUCUAUAUUAAAGGAAAGAGUUUGUAUGGCAGUUGAAGCUGAAAUACAAGCAGAAGUAGUAGAUUAUGAAUUGUUAGAUGAUGAUUACUUAGAAAUAGUAAACCGUUGUUGGUCAAGAUUUUAUUCUUGUGUUCUUCAGUACCACAUGAAUAGAUACAAACCAGUAGGUUUUUUACUUUUGCCUGAUGUUAAAGGGGCCGUACUUUUGAAAAAAUGUAAUUUUUCAUUCCUAAGGCCUAUGGAAGCUAUAGAAUAUCUAAUGCUGUACAACAAAAAAUCAUGUGAACUUCUUUUAAAAGAGUUACAUAUCUUACAAGAUAAAGAUAAAUGCCAAGAUUUAAUCAAGUUAAUGCUGGCAUUAGUGUUUUUAGAGGAUCAUUUAUCAGACGAAUUUAAAUCAACAUUUGAUAAAGAAUUAUAUCGAUUAAAAGAUCCUGAUACUGCUAUUGAAAAUUUAUUAUCGAAUACGAUUUUUAACAAACAUGAAACAGUGAACUUCGAUUUCCAAUUGGAACUUCAUGGUAGACUUGAAAACAUUGAAGAUUUCCAACAUUCGAUAACCAUAUUACUUAAAAUUCUGACAUACAAUUUAGAUCCAUUAAAUGAGAUAGGAGACGUUAAAAAUACCCCAAAAACACACAAGUUAUAUUCCACUGUGAAUCAUUUUUUUGGGAGUCAACUAGGACUUUCAGUGAUAUCAAAAAUCAUGACACAAAUUAUCAGCAUGAGAUUUGCCGUUUGCAGAAAUUUGUUGAUUCUGCAACGAAUAGCGAUGGAUAAACAGAAAUUAUUCGAUUCCAGAUCUGUUAAUAACAUUAAGUCAUCGUUAGUAACUAGAUCUAUUGUAUUAACUCAGGCAUAUUAUGUACUAAUGUGGAUAUGUGAAUCAAAUGCUUCAGUUACUCCUUCACAAGCUCUAUUGGAAACUAACAUCCAUCGAAUUGCUCUUUUAACAACAAUAAAAAAUCAGACAAAUAUUGGACAACGUCAUAAUAGAACCUUUUCUUUAUUAGAGAUGUUCAUACAAUAUGGGACAAAACAGUAUAUUUACAAACUUGUGGACCAGAUUAUUCAUAAUUCAUCAAACUUCCAUGUUUGGCAUUUUGGAUUAUUCAAUUAUACAAAUUUCAUACUUCAACUAAUCUGGCCAAUUUCAGAAAAUUUUUUAUUUCCUGAGUGGCUUCUAGCUAAUUGUCAGUUUUUAGUGAUCCAGGAAUAUGUUCGUCUUCUAAACGGAUGGUGUGCAUUAAAUAGUGCUUCACGAAAAUUUAUUCUUGCGAUAAGCUUAUUAGAAAUGGGAGAGUCAUAUAAAGCUAGUGAUAAUUUUUUACGGGCUUCGAAUGGAGUAAUGACCGAUUCGUAUAUGUCAAAUCUAUUUCAAAUGGAAAACUUUUCAAAAAGUAAAACAAUUGUAAAAUAUUAUUUAAAAGUAAUUGAAUUGUUCGAACAACAUAAUGCGCAAGACAUUAUAAUAGAACUAGCAAUCACUGCUAUUACAGUAGCAAACAAAGAUGAUUCCAAUUUACCUACACUUCAUUCUAUAGUUUUUACACAACAUCUAAAUUUAGAACAUCACAUUGAGGCAUAUAAUUGUUUAAAUAUAAAUCCAGAUGGUGCACGUCGUAUUGAUUGUUUGAGACAACUUAUAGUGGUAUUAUUUAACCGAAAAAAAUUGAAAGAUCUUAUAUCAUUUCCUUAUAUAGAUAUGUACCAAGAUCUUGAAAAAAUUAUGGAAACUCGAGCUCGAAGUAUUGAUUUAAUGGAAAAUAAUUAUUACAAUUUUUUAUACAGUUUUCAUAUUAACAAAGGAAAUAUGAGAAAAGCGGCGUCUGUGAUGUAUGAACAAGCUAUGCGGCUUAGUCAGGAACCAUAUUCUUGGUCAACAAUUUCACAACAAGUGCACUGUCUUUUAGCAUGCAUCAAUGUACUGCGACUUGUACAUAAAAAAUUUAGAUGGAUUGUACGGCCAGUUAUUGACCAUAGCAGUAUUGAUGAUUAUCCAAAUAAACGAAAAAAAAGGAAUUCAAAUGGCCAUGAAAUAUUGCAAUGUAAUUAUAGUAAACGAAUAGAAGUGCUCGAAUUAGAAGACAUCAAAAGAGAAUAUGCUCUAGCCUCAUCUAAAUUAAAAUUAACAAAAAUUGGUCUUAAAGCUAAUAAUAUAUCAUCUGCUGGUCCAUCUGAAAUUGCGGCAAUAUUGUCCAAUUACGGAUUACAUGUAGAUGCAGUAGAUAUCUGUCGAUAUUUUAAGUUGAGUAUAAUAUCUAUAUUGGAAAAUUUAGUUUCUCAUUGUACGAGAUUGGAUCCCAAAGACCAAUUCAAAACAUAUAGCUGGCUUGAUGAAAUCCCAGUUGUUGGUUAUAAUUUGUUAACUUCAAGUUCUAUGAACAUAUCAUGGAAACUUUUACAGUAUUUUAUUUUACAAUACGAAGAAAUAGGUAAUAGUGAGUUACACAAAGCUGUAACGAAACAGUUAUUGUACCAUGAAAUUUUUCUACCGGAAUGGCUUUACUCAUCAUAUGCAAAAAAAAAUGCUCCAGAAUUUUUACGUUUACUAAUUCAAAUGGGACGUUUGGAUGAAGCUGCUUAUUUUUCUAUAAAAUAUAUUCAAGCAAUACUUGGAAAAGGAAAAGCAUACUUUGGAUUAGAAUCAUCAUUAUCAGUAACUACUUUUUCUACGUUUUUCCCAUUUAAUUACAUCGAGAUUCUUUUACUCGAACUCGAAUAUGCUAGUAGAACUGAAAAUUCUUAUAUAAUGGUUCGUGAACAAUUGAAAAAUGAAUAUGAUAUUUAUUUAAAAUCAGUGAAGCACAUAUCAAUGAAUAUGGUGUUAAUGAAGAAAAAUGCGUAGAAAUUCUUUUAAUGAAUUAUACAGAAGAGUGAAGAAAAAAUGCAAUAUUUAAAAUACGAAAAUUAAACAUUGCUAUGCAUAAUUCGAGUAAUAAUUUCUAGAAAUUCUAGAAAUAAAACAAUUUAUCAUUUUGACAUUACUUUACUAUGUUGUCGAAUCUUUAUUAUUAAAAAAUCACAUUUUAUGAUUCCUUAUAAUAGUUAUAAAAUUGGACAAUGUAUUUCAUACUAUAACAUGAAAUUAAAUGAAACGUAUCUAUUAACUCAAAA